AGCCUUCUUCACAAAAACAAAAAAUCAUCACGAAGCCACUAUUUUCCAGAAUCAAUUUCCUGCUUUCGUUAAAGCUUUCUGGUUCUAUUUGAUCCAUCAUGGCCUCUAAUGGCGCUUCUGUGGGUAUUAGGGAUACGACGGAAAACAGCUUGGAGAGGAUCAAACGGCAGUUGGCCUCAGGCUCUGGUCGGCAAUUGCUCCAGGGCCCACUUCUGAAGCGAUCUGAGACGCUGAGAAAGUGGAAUGAGCGUUGGGUCAUAUUAGACCCAACAACAGGGAAAAUGGAAUACAAGACUAGGAGGAAUGAGCCAGCUGUGAAGGGAACCAUUAUAUUUGAUGAAAAUAGCACCAUUACAAUAUCUCCUGUGAAUUUUCAUGGGCUUCCAAAGUAUGAUGGCUGUUGUUUCUACAUUGGUACCCCUCAGAAAAAGGAUUACUUCCUUUGUGCAGAGACUCCCGGUGCAGCUAGAGCUUGGGUAUCGACUUUACAUGCGACACAGCUGGUCCUAAAGGCCCAUAAAGAGGCUGUAAAUUCAUUAAGUGGGAAUGGUUCUGCAAAAUUAGGAACAGUUGCAGCAGUAGUUGCCGCCGCCAAUUCAACAGCCCAGGAAUGUUCUAAAGAAAUAGAAGCUGCAAUGCAGGUCUCUUUGAGAAAUGCAUUAGGAUUGAUGACAAAUAGACCUACUGCCAAUGAUGGUCCAAUGGAUGAUCUUACAAUCAUGAAGGAAACUCUGAGAGUCAAGGAUGAGGAAUUGCAGAAUUUGGCUCGAGAUCUUCGUGCUCGGGAUUCAACAAUAAGAGAGAUAGCAGAUAAACUAUCUGAGACUGCUGAAGCUGCUGAGGCUGCAGCAGCUGCAGCUCAUACAAUGGAUGAACAGAGGAGAAUUGCUUGUGGGGAAAUUGAGCGCAUGAGAAAAGAUGCAGGGAAACAGCAUGAGACAUUCAUGUUAAAGCUGAGAGAGUCUGAACAGAAGGUCAUGGCCCUUAGUCAAGAAAAGGACCAACUGAUCAAGCAGAGAGACUCUGCCAUUCAGGAGGCACAUAUGUGGCGUAAUGAGCUUGCAAAAGCUCGAGAGCGUGUUGUGAUCUUAGAGGCAGCUGUUGUCAGAGCUGAUGAGAAGGUCAGGGUUGCAGAAGCAGAUGCUGAAGCUAAAAUAAAGGAUGCUGCACAGAAAGAAACAGCUGCUGUAAAGGAGAAUCAAGAACUUCGAGCAUAUGUGAACAUGUUGCAGGCACAUGUUCAAAGGCAACAGAUUGACACAAAGCAAGUUUUUGAGGAGAAGACUGAAUCCUCAAAUAUCAGAAACACUCUUCCCUUGACAAAGGAUGUAGACUUGUCAGAGAAUGUAGAUAAAGCUUGUCUCAGUGUUUCUAGAGCAGUCCCUGUACCUGGGGAGAGCGUAGUCCACAUGGCAGUGGAUCAAGUUAACAUCCAGCCAGUUGGAGAGGGUGAAUGGAGUGAUAUUCAGGCAACAGAAGCAAGAAUAGCAGACGUAAGAGAAAUAGCCCCAGAGACAGAAGGAAGCAGCCUCGAUAUUCCUGUUGUCAACCCUGCGGAUAAUAACCACCACGAGCAAGGAUUAAACCCUGGUCAUCAACCUUAAUAUUAAACAGUAAAUAUAUUCAUGUCAUUUCGCAAAAUGCAUUGACAGUGCCAGUUACACGAGAAAUGCUUUCUUCAAUUGUAACGUUUUCAUCCCGUACAAUUCCAUAUUUGAGCUCGUAAAAAUUAGACUAAUCGGAUGUAAUUAUCGUGGUAUGUCAUUGCUGCUUGUUACAAGAUGCUGACAUUUUUCUUUGUAAGUGCUUGGGAAAAGGAUCUACUAGCAUACAGUGCUCAAUUAUUCUGGUAAUUGAUCAUAAACUCUAGCGAGUUUAUUGUGAGAAAUAAAAGGAGAAAAUGAUA